UAAAAGCAGAUCCAAUCUGCUGGAAGACGUGGAUUGUUUUCUAAAUGAUCUGUCAGCCCUCAAGUUCAAGAGAAGUUUACUUUGGAGGACAUGCGGUGUUUCCAAGGGCUGCUUGCUCCAUUUGAUUUCACUGCAGUCAUUGAUUUGAGAAUACCUGGAUAAAGGUGGUUUACAUUGCCAUAGGGCUUUUAGAUUUUUGAACUUUCAAGGGAAAAAAAAGGGUUUUGUUCUUAAAGGUCUUUAUAGUCAUGUUCAUGACUAUUGUUGUAUUCGGUGCAUAGCUUAGGCGAAAUAUAUGCUAAAAUUCUGACAGGAUCCUAUCCCAACUUCUUUAUUUGAGAUAAACAAUGACCUGGUAAGUCAUUCAAUCAAAUUAUUCCAGAUUAUCUUGACGUAUAUGGGAGUCAAUUCAUUGGAUAGGGUGGCUCCUUUGAGUUAGAAGAGAGGAUUGGGCAUGCUAGGAAAGUUUAUAAGCAAACUAUGAAGCGCCUGAAACUCCUUGAUGAACAUUUUGUGCAGAUUUCAAAGCAAACCCGCAAUAAUCCUGAUAGCCCAUGGGGUGAAUGUUGAUCCUGAAAUCCAAACCCUUGCAUUGAAUACAGGGGAUGCUCUGAAACCUUCUAUGAAGGUUGGACCUAGGCAAGCAAUUCAUGCACAUGAAGAGAUUGAAGCUCUGUUGACUGGUAGAAAGCUUACAACCAUAGUGUUUUUCUUGGAUGAGAUGUUUAAAGAAAUUACAUACAACAUGGCAUCAACUGUUGCUGAUGCUAUCAAGGAAGUCGCAGGGAUCAUCAAGCUUUCAGCACCAUCUAGUUUCAAUAUAUUUGAAAGCAGAAAAGUUGUCACUGGUACUAAUUAA